GGGAGAGUUGUUGAAACACAAGUCUGUCUCAGGACACACAAGUUUUUUUGUGUUGGUGCUUUGGAGAACUUUUUGGGGGGGUUUCUAGAAUAAGCCUUCCUUUUCCUGCACUUUUGUUUGGGUUUGCUGGGAAAACUCUGGGGUCCAACAGGGCACAGCUCAAACACAGAAUGGCUGAAAUGGUACGAAUCCGUAAGAAACGUCUGCAGAUGCCCAUCUCGAGACUCCGAAGCAUUUUGAAGCAGCUGGAGGACAAAGACAUUGACUAUGAGGACAUUAAAAAGAAUCUGGAUUUGACAGCGUCACUGCUGGAGGCUGUUUAUCUGGAUGGAACCAGGCAGUGCUUGGAAUCCGAGGAUGACCUCCACCAGCUUCAGUCUGACGGAGUUCCUGCAGAGGUCACGGAUUGGCUGGCGUCAACAUUCACUCACAGGGUACGACAGUCGGGGCGGCGGUCGGACGAGAAGCCAAAGUUUCGAAGCAUUGUGCACGCGGUACAGGCGGGGAUAUUCGUAGAGAGGAUGUUCAAGAGGGCCUACUCGGCCGCCAUGCCGGACCAGCCCGCCACUGUCGUAAAUUGUCUGAGGGACGUUGACCGCUGGAGCUUUGACGUGUUUGCCUUGAACGCGGCCAGCUCAGAUCACGCAUUGCAAACUCUCUUCUUUGAACUCGUGACCAGAUAUGAGCUCAACAGUCGCUUCAAGAUCCCCAUUUCGAGUUUGACGCUGUUCCUGUCUGCUGUGGAGAGAGGAUACUGCAAACACAACAACCCGUACCACAGCCACGUUCAUGCCGCAGACGUCACCCAGACGAUGCACUGCCUGCUGUUGCGAUCUGGGCUAGUGCACUGGCUAACAGAGUUGGAAGUGAUGGCUUCACUGUUUGCCGCGGCCAUUCACGACUACGAGCAUACGGGGACCACCAAUAACUUUCACAUCCACACAAAGUCCGAGUUUGCACUGAUCUACAACGAUCGAUCAGUGCAGGAAAGUCAUCAUUUGAGCGCAGCGUUCCGCCUUCUACAGAAUGACCAAAUGAAUAUCUUCAUUCAUUUGACUCGAGAGGAGUGGAUGGAGCUACGUUCUCUGGUCAUUGAGAUGGUGCUCUCCACUGACAUGUCCUCUCACCUUCUCCAAGUAAAAGCCAUGAAAUCCUGUCUUCAGCAACAAGAACGGAUCGAGAAGUCCAAAGCGUUGUCUCUGUUACUCCACACAGCUGAUAUCAGCCACCCAUCUAAACCAUGGUGUCUUCACUCCAGAUGGACCAAAGCCCUGAUGGAGGAGUUCUUCAGGCAGGGUGAUAGAGAGGCGGAGCUUGGUUUGCCCUUCUCGCCGCUGUGUGAUCGAAAAACCACCCUGGUGGCAGAGUCCCAGAUCGGUUUUAUCGACUUUAUCGUGUACCCGACAUUCUCCCUCCUGACGGACAUGGCAGAGAAGAUAGUCGUUCCUCUGGUGGAGGAGAACCCGGGCCCACUGGACCCAUGCAACAGACACAGCAACGUGUGGAAGGAGAGUUCCAGAGGCCUACAAUGGAGUCUGGCUCACAUCACUGCCGAGCUGGUCAGCUUCCGUUCCACGUGGACGCGGCAUACCGACGACAACAAGCUGAAGUGGAAAGACGGAGGCUCUAAUGGCUUCUCAGAAGUGACGAGAGAGCAGAGAAGUGCAACAGAGGAGCAGACGCACAAAUCCCAGCAGGAUGCCAACAAACAAACAAAAAACUAACUUUUUACAAUUCCGGUAUAAAUAACACUGUAUGUUGAACUGAGAGUCACUAUUUGUAACAAAACCACAAUGAUGUUAUACUGUCUCAUUUUUAAUAUCAUAUUUAAUUGUGUAAUGGUAUAACAUGCUGGCCAUGUUGUGCUAUAGCUAGAACAUGUUAUUAAAUUAAUUUACUGAGCAACCAGCUUGUCUCGUGUUUUUUUUUUUUUUUUGUAAAGUUUGACACAUUUGCUGUCAUUGACGGCGAUUGACGUCCAAUCCAUUUUGACUGGGAACGGCCGGUAGUGAAUGAUCGAUGCUAGCCCUCACAUGCAAAAUGGGUUGGUCUAUCGCCGUCAAUGGCAGCGAAUAAGUCAAGUUGCCACACAGCACUUCCAUAUAAGCGACUAUGUUUAUGAAAGAUAUAUGUGUUUCUCGCUUCCGGCUCAUAGUUCAAUGAAUUAUUAAAGCGCAGAGGCCUAUUUUUAGGGGAGUCACCCUCAAUGAACCACAUGGCCAGUGGCGCUCGCAACUUUGUCUUCUUUGUUGUAAUAAACCACAAGUCAUCACCAAUUUAAAACAUUUUAUUGUAUCAAACACAUUUUUGAUAAGCCAUGUAAUCAAUUCAAGUAAGCUUGGAACAAAUGAGUUAAAUUAGCAUUUUAAACAGGACAAACACAACAGAAUCUAUAAAUACACAAAAUAACAUUUAAUUGUCUGUUUUUCUGUGUAUGUUUUUUUUUUUUUUUUUUGUACUUUUUGGCAUUCUGAGGUUGAUCCAUGUGGCUAACUUCCUUUCCAUUUGUGAUGUACUGUAGUUUAUUAAGCGUCUGGAAGGAUUGUCACAAUCUACAUAUUAAGUUCAACGAGAGGAGUUUUAAAAUGGUUUGGUUGCUUAGAAAAAAAAUGAUUUAACUGGAACAAUUUUAUGAAAAAUUCUGUUGAGU